CCUCCGCAUUUUAAUAUUGGAAAACUUGUCGAAAUGCUGAUAGAAAUUGUUUUGGUGCUAAUACUGAUUUAUUAUUUUUCUGAUCAAUGGCGCAAAACUACCCGACUGCCACCAGGUCCGUAUCCUGUGCUUUUCUUCGGAAAUCUUCUACAAGUCGCGUACUACUCGUGGAAGUAUGGAGGCGUUGUUUCAGCUUUUAAGCACAUUAAAAGUCUCUAUGGGCCAGUGUUCACGCUUUGGUUUGGUCCAAUUCCCUCGGUUCUUAUAGCCGAUUAUACAUUGGCUCAAGAAGCUAUGGUUCAUAAUGGAGCAAAAUACCAGGACCGUUGGAGUCCGGCCAUGAUGGUGGAAGGAAGAGGUUGCUUCAUUUGCUUCAUUUGUACCGAAAAAGAAAGACCUUGA